AAACGCGCUAAACUAAAGUACAAGGUGGUACCCUGACCUUGUUCCUCACGCUGUGGGCCUAGCAUAUAAAACCAACCAUAAGAGUUGGACCUCUUAUAUUUGAUCAACAUCUAACGGGAUAAUUAAUCACACCCAAAUCAUGUUCCUUCGGUCCAUCAUUGAUAGUUUUCCGAAAACGUGGAUCAUUCAAAAGAGAUAUCUUUCAAAGAUUAAAAUUCCUGAAUAUCUUUUAGACAGAACAGUAAAACCAGAAGAAGUUUUAAGUCGCCUUACACCUGAGGAUACAGAAAGGUUGGAAUUUUGUAUGGCAGAAUAUCAAAAUAUGCUUGAGAAAGGUGCUGAUGUUCCGAAGUCUUUAAAUAAAAGGAAUGUUCUAGACCUGUUGUGCUGCACCAGUCCUACAUCUCGAAUAAAAUUUCUAAAGUUUUUGUUCAAGUGUGAGAAGCGCGAUGAAAAUGCUCUUAUGAAAAAGUUAGAGAAGGUAACUGUUGUCUCUGACAGAACACCUGGAUCUUGUGACCGUAUUCUUCGAAUAAUUGAUGACAAAUGUUUCCGUUCACAUUGGGAUUUUUGGCAAGCUUCUGAAAUACGUUGUCCCGAUUCAGCUCAGCCUUUAUUAUUUGAUUUCUCAUAUGAAUCUGAGAUGAGAUUAGUUGAUUUAAGGUCUCUCUCGAAUCAAAUGACGUAUGUUCUGAACAGGAAUCGUAUAAUGAGACCUCAUCCAUUCCAUAUGGUGCUUUGUGGUUUAAAACAAGGAACAAAUCAGUUUGCUUACAUGGAAGAAGCUUUUGGUGUGAAUGCGAAGCUAUCAACUAUUAAAAGCUUGAACGAGCUUCCGUGGACGAUCACUCCCAAUCAUUUUUCCCAUGAAUAUCCUAUUCAUGAUUUAGAACAGCCUGUUAUACUGUUGUCGCCAAAUGCACGUCAAACAUUUGAAGCUGGUGAAUAUGACCAUAAUGCUGCUUAUGUCAUUGGGGCAAUAGUGGAUAAAGCUGUUCGAAGACCAAUUUCUUCUGCAAUAGCUCGACAGUUACGCAUAAAAUGUGUCAGUUUACCUUUGGAUCGCUAUAUAAAAUGGGGAAGUGGCAAAAGCAAAACACUAUCCAUAAACUGCAUUCAUGCGAUAAUGUGUGCAGCCAAGGAAACUAACGGAGACUGGAAGAGAGCUCUACUUGAAAAUAUUCCUUCACGAUUUUAUGCUCUUCCGUCAAAAGAAUCUGUUGUAUAUAAAAGUACAUAAAGCCGCAUUUGUCUUUACGUAUGCUUUUUGAUAAUACAUAAUCUUUCUUAAUGUGUAAGUAGUCCAAUUCAUAGUACUUUAAUAGAUGUUAACGUAGCUCUAAUAUUGCGCAAACAUACGCCAGUUACUUUUGAUAUUCUUAAAUUACGUAUACGACAUUAUUUGUUUAUAAUGUAUACAAUACCGAGAACACUUUCAUUUCAUCAACUAA